UGGUGGUUAGGCGAUAGCGCCGUGUAACCCCAGAAAGCUUGACCAACAGGUUCCUACGAUCAAUUGCUCCAAAGUCCUGCCCUGUUCUAGAAGUCUAGAACACAUCCCUGGCAUACUGCUAUCAUCAAUCGGAUGCCAGCAUAUACCCGGCAUAUAACCAUUCCCCACGGUCGGCGACCCCCUCCGACCGCUCCAUCCGCCCGGGGGCCGGGGAUGGGAUGCCUCAUAAACUGGGGUCCCCCGCUCUCCAGCAACUCCAAUCCACCAUCUCAUUCUCACCAUUACCACCACCAUGCCAACCACCCGCCCACUCCUCCAACUACUCAACCACCACCUCCCCACCAUUCGAUAUGCCUCAACAACCACCUCCCCCAAACCCGGUCCCCUCGCCGGAAUUACCGUCGUCAGCCUCGAACAAGCCAUCGCAGCCCCCUUCUGCACCCGGCAACUCGCCGACCUAGGCGCGCGGGUCAUCAAGAUUGAACGCCCCGGGGUCGGCGACUUCGCCCGAAACUACGACACCCGCGUCAACGGACUCGCCUCGCAUUUCGUCUGGACCAAUCGAUCCAAAGAAUCUCUCGCCCUGGACCUCAAACAACCCCGUGACCACCGCGUGUUGAUGCGAUUGCUCCGUCGUGCAGAUGUCCUCGUUCAAAACCUCGCCCCUGGAGCGAGUGAUCGGCUGGGAUUAUCCUAUACAGAACUAAAAGAAGCGCAUCCAUCUUUGAUCGUCUGUAAUAUCUCCGGGUACGGACCAUCAGGACCGUACCGAGAUAAAAAGGCAUAUGACUUAUUGAUUCAGAGCGAGGCGGGGAUGCUUUCUGUCACAGGGACGGGGAAACAGGAGCCGGCCAAGGUAGGGGUUUCGAUAGCGGACAUCUGUGCAGGGAGUUACGCAUAUUCGAAUAUCCUGGCGGCAUUAUAUCAACGGGAUAGAGAUUCGGGGAAGGCCGGGUGUAAUAUUGAUAUUUCGAUGUUGGAGAGUAUGGUUGAGUGGAUGGGUUUCCCCAUGUACUAUGCCUAUGAUGGUAAAGAGGGCCCAGUGCCGGCCGGGGCAUCGCAUGCGGCGAUCUAUCCCUAUGGGCCGUUCGAGGCCAGGGAUGGAAAAUCGGUUAUGUUGGGGAUUCAGAAUGAGCGGGAGUGGGGGAAGUUUUGUGAGUUAGUGUUGGGGGAUGGAGGUAUUGCGAUGGAUGAGCGGUUUAAGAGUAAUGAGCUGAGGUCGAGGAAUCGGGAGGAGUUGAAGAGGAUUAUUUGUGGGGUGUUUGGGGAGCUGUCCGCGGAGGAGGUGGUUGGGAGAUUGGAUGAAGCCGGGAUUGCGAAUGCUAGUGUGAAUGAUAUGCAGGGGGUUUGGAAUCAUCCCCAGCUCAAGGCCAGACAGAGGUGGACGACGGUUAAGACUCCGGUGGGAGAUGUUCCGGCGCUGUUGCCUCCGGGGAUGACCAUGGGGGAUGAAGAUAUGUAUGGAGCGCGUAUGGACGCGGUGCCAGAUGUGGGCGAGCAUAAUGAGGCCAUUCUGGCGGAAUUGGGGGUGGAUGAGGGGGAGGAGUAGAUCAGUAGAACCUUUCUUAUGUUGGGUGAUGUGGUCACAUUGUCUUUUCCUAUAUCUGAGAUUACUGUGUCCCGUGUCUUGGAAUAAUAUAGUUGGGACUUCAGAAUUAG